AUGUCCACUCUAUAUGACAAGGUUUUCGCUGACCAUGUGGUCCACACGGAUGAAUCCGGUUCCACGCUUAUAUAUAUUGACAGACAUUUAGUCCACGAAGUCACUUCUCCUCAGGCUUUCGAAGGUCUAACAACCGCAGGCAGAUCAGUCAGAAGACCAGAUUGCACAUUGGUUACUGUUGACCAUAACAUUCCAACGAUUUCAAGAAAGAACUUCAAAAAUGUCUCCACUUUCAUUGAACAAGAAGACUCCAGAUUACAAGUUGAAACUUUAGAACAAAACGUCAAAGAUUUCAAUCUUGCAUAUUUUGGCAUGAGCGAUGACAGGCAAGGUAUUGUGCAUGUUGUUGGUCCAGAACAAGGUUUCACCCUGCCAGGCACAACCGUAGUCUGUGGUGACUCUCAUACUUCUACCCACGGUGCCUUUGGUGCUUUAGCUUUUGGUAUUGGUACUUCUGAAGUUGAACAUGUUCUAGCUACCCAAACCCUUAUCCAAGCAAAAUCGAAGAAUAUGUUAAUCAGGAUCGACGGGGAUUUAAAGCCAGGUAUUACGUCUAAGGAUUUGGUUCUUCAUGUGAUUGGUGUUAUUGGUACUGCUGGUGGUACCGGUUCUGUCAUUGAAUUUGCAGGUAAGGCAAUCAGAGAUUUGAGUAUGGAGGCUAGAAUGUCUAUUUGUAAUAUGGCCAUUGAAGCAGGUGCGCGUGCAGGUAUGAUUGCACCUGAUCAGAUUACAUUUGACUAUAUUAAGGGAAGACCUCUAGCGCCACAAGGUGAAGAAUGGGAAAAAGCCGUUAAAUACUGGAAGACUCUCUAUAGUGACGAAAAUGCUAAAUUCGAUAAGGAAGUCAUCAUUAAGGCUGAAGAUAUUGUACCAACUAUUACCUGGGGUAACUCACCUCAAGACGCGUUGCCAAUUACUGGUAAAGUCCCAGAUCCAAAAGAUUUUAAGGAUGAUAUUACCAGAUCUGGUGUUGAAGCUGCCUUAGAAUAUAUGGGCCUCACUGCAAAUACUCCAUUACAAGAAAUUCCAAUUGACAAGGUUUUUAUUGGUUCUUGUACCAAUUCUAGAAUCGAGGAUUUAAGAGAAGCGGCAAAGGUUGUUAUCGGACACAAAAAGGCAGAAAAUGUCAAAUUAGCACUUGUUGUUCCAGGUUCAGGUUUGGUCAAGAAACAAGCUGAAAAGGAAGGUUUAGAUAAGAUUUUCCAAGCUGCUGGUUUUGAGUGGAGAGAAGCUGGUUGUUCUAUGUGUCUUGGUAUGAAUCCAGAUAUCUUGGAUCCACAUGAGAGAUGUGCUUCGACUUCUAACAGAAAUUUCAGGGGUAGACAAGGUGCUCUAAGUAGGACACACUUAAUGUCACCUGCAAUGGCUGCAGCUGCAGGUAUCGUUGGUCAUUUCACCGAUAUCAGAAACUUCAAAUAUAAUACAUCUGAUGCACCACAAGUUCAACUAUCUUCAGGUAAUGAAGAAGAAGAUAAAGAAUUGCAAGAUGCACUUUAUGAGCAUGAAAAGGAACCUAUUCAAACUGUAGAUUCCAGUGAAGAAAUCAAUGAUAUCCCACCAAAUCCGGCAAACGAACCCGAAACUGCAGCUGUUGGUGGUAUUGAAAAGUUCACAAUUUUAAAGUCAGUUGCUGCUCCAAUGGAACGUGCAAACAUCGAUACUGAUGCAAUCAUUCCAAAACAGUUUUUGAAAACUAUUAAAAGAACAGGAUUAUCGAAAGGUCUUUUCUACGAGUCACGUUUUGUCAAGGACGCACAAGGCAAUGAUGUAGCAACCGAUUUUGUUCUUAAUGUGGCACCCUUUAACAAGGCGAAUAUCAUUGUUUGUACAGGUGAUAACUUUGGUUGUGGAUCUUCAAGAGAACAUGCUCCUUGGGCAUUGAAAGAUUUUGGUAUUAAAUCAAUCAUUGCACCUUCAUUUGGUGAUAUUUUCUACAACAACUCUUUCAAAAAUGGAUUAUUACCAAUUAGAUUGCCACAAUCUAUUAUCCAAGAAAAAAUAUACCCGAUCGCUAAGGCUGAAAAGGAAAUUACUGUUGAUCUAGUUAAUCAACAAAUUAGAGGACCAGAUGAUGAAGUUUUGGUUGAACACUUUGAUGUUGAACCAUUCAGGAAACAUUGUUUAGUUAAUGGAUUAGACGAUAUUGGAAUUACUUUAACAAAGAGCAAAUUCAUUGAUGAAUUUGAAGCACUAAGGAAGAAUAAGUUUUCUUUUAUUGAAAUGGGUUCAAGAAAGUAUAUUCCUGUCAAAGGUGCGAAAAAAUCACCAUACGGUAAUACUGCACAAGAAUGGUAG